CGAACCAUACUCCAGGCACAACUGGCAUGCCCAAGGGCGUGAGCGCGUCUCACAGGAACGUAACCAACUUGCUCUGCCACGAACCUGGAAAUCUCGGUAUCUGCCCCGGGACUAAGGUCUCGCAGCUGCUCAGCGUGGCCUUCGACAUGUGUCUGGGAAGUCCUCGGCUGCCUGCUCAACGGCGGGACACUCGUCCUGCGGGGCUCGAGCAAGCUCGAAUGGGAGCGCACGCUCCAGUCUGUGCACGUCGUCGUCGCGACGCCGACGAUCCUCCAGUGCUACCGCGCCGCGUACUACCCUGCGAUCCGCGUCGUCGCGACCGCGGGCGAGCCGUGUUCUCAGGCGCUCGCGGACGAGUGGUCCGUCGGGAAGGCGUUCUACAACUGCUGUGGACCCACGGAGACUACAAUCGUGAACACGAUGCAUCGUCACCGGCACCUCACGCCCCUGUACAUCGGGGCCCCGACCUCCAACAACCGAGUGUACAUCCUCGACGAGAACCUGCAGCCGUUACCGAUAGGCUGCAUCGGCACGAUGUGGGCGGCGGGCGCCUGCGUGACGUCAGGCUACGUGAACAAGCUGGAGCUAACGCGCGAUCGGUACCGCCCAGACCCUUUCUGCAACGACGGGAUGACGUUUGACACGGGAGACCUCGGCCGCUGGAACGAACACGGCGAGCUGGAGCAUUUCGGUCGACUGGACGAUCAGGUAAAAGUCAAGGGUUUCCGCGUCGAACUCGACGGCGUGGCAGCCGUAAUGGAGGCGCACCCCAGUGUCACCAGGGCAGUGUCUCUGCUCAUUGGUACGGAUUUUUGGGGGACCGUCAGCCCGUCUUCGGCGCCCAUCGACGAGCUCAAGACAUUCAUCGAGCGCCGCCUACCGUACUACUCAGUUCCAUCGCGGUAUAUUUCCCUAGAAAUGUUCCCAAUGACGAGCAACGGCAAGGCAGACAAGCGUUCUCUUCGUAAAGGAGCGGUCUGCAGUGCUUCGCUUCUGUUAACGGAGCACAAAUUGCAGGCCAAAGAGGGCACAUGUCCUAUUUUCCGAUAAACUCUGUCCUCUGGCAUGAGUGCGACAGUGAUACUCUCUUGUGCAUGCUGUAUCGUCCAUAGCUCGAGUGCAUGAUGAUCGUGUCCCCGAGAGGAAUCACAGUGCCACGCUGUGUUACGGUAUACCGGGGUCUAGAUGUAGCCUGAGGUCAAAGUCAAAGUUCUGCUGAGCGUAACUUAUUUUUAUAUAUCUUAGAGGUUUCCCCACCCGGAGGCUCUCCUUUCCAUCAUACUAUAUUUCUCUUCCUCACGAGAGCACAGCAUAUUCCAGCAUUGACAACAUUGGUUU